AUGGCAAACAUUUGUAACCACACUGGUAUAAGUAUUUGUGGCUUAAACAAGGAUCAUCAGGAUCAUAGACUAUUUCUAGAUGACUGUGAUAUGUUCGAAUACAAUUGUGAUAACGGAAAAGUAUAUUUAAAGGUCGAUGACAAUCUAUGUCCUCAAAAUGUAACCAAAGAUAUAAAUGAAACAAUAACAACUGGACAAACUUCAGAAAUUACCAUAAAAACAAGUGUAACCCUCCCGUCCACUACAACAACUGUUAAAAGUACUAUAAAUAAUGUUACAAGAGUCCCUAUCGCAACUGAGUGCACAAGAUCCAAGAAAACGGAUUCUUCUACCACAGUGACUGAAUCUCCUACAACAGGAACAAAUAUGAAAGAUAUCAAAACAACAUCGGCUGAAAUCCAAAGAUGUACAUGUAUGGACACCGAUAGUACUACAACAACAGAAAUUCCUACAAUUAAGACACUGACAUAUUCUGAAUCUACAGAUUCAACUUUACCUAUGACAAAGACAACUCAAACACAAUCAAUAAACACUUCAACUUCCACUGGAAAAUCGUGUACAUGUAACGUACCCACUACGGAAUCAAUAUUAACUACUUCAAAAGUAACGACUACUAUUGAAACUACUUCAGCUAAAAUCGAAAGAUGUACUUGUAUGGACAGAGAUAUAACUACAAAUAAAAUAAAUCCUAGUACGACUACAACUACAUAUUCUGAAUCUACAGACACUACAUUACCUACAAAGACAACUCUAACAAAGCCUAUAGAUACUUCAACUGCGACUGGAAAACGGUGUACAUGCAAUUUAUCUAAUACAUCUACAAUGGAAUCGAUUUCAACAACUCCUAUCACUUCUACGACCACGACUACUAUUAAACCAAGAACUGUUUCUAAAAAAAUAUGUACUUGUAUGGAUACAACUACAGCUCUUUUCACUACUACAACUGAAUUCACUACAUCCCCAGUUACAACAACUUCUACUGAAUCAUCUAAGACAGUUAUUCCUUCAAGUAAACCUGGAUGUACUUGUUCUCCACAUAUCAUAUCCUCAAUUGAGACGACUGUAUCGAGUCCAAUAUAUAGUGAUGAAUCAACAGAGACUACUGUUGACUAUGUCGACGUAAUUCCUACACCUGAUGGCGCUUCUUGCAAGAAAUAUCCUGCUCAUUGUAAAAGACCACAAACGUGGGAGACUACAGUCAGAGGAGAAACGAGGGAUUUCUUUCAAAUCCUUCGAGAAAAGUUUGGUGAUAGGAUAAAAAUAUUGAAAGACACAACGCAUUUUCCUCGGAGGACAGUAAAAGUCGUGGAAGAUUAUAAUGAUGCGUUUCGUUUUGGGAACCAUAACGAGUUAUGGUGA